UCGCUAUUCAGAUCAAUUCUUUGUCUUCAUAUCAGCCAGUCAACCGAACCGACUCCAUUCAAAACACAGACCACCACGUCAAAACAAUGGCUGAUCACGACGACGAACUCGCCACCAGCAAGACCGAGGGUUUCAAGGUGGGCGAAAAGAAGACGCUCGAGGAGUACAAGAACUUGGACCAGAACGACGAGUCUCUCAACCGAUGGAAAGCGUCCCUCGGCCUGAACACGGGCGAACCCAUCGGCGACCCCAAUGAUCUUCGCAAAUGUAUCAUCGAGUCUCUAACCAUCGAGGCUCCAGGCCGGUCUGACAUCACUCUCGAUCUCACCGGCCCCAAUGCACUUGAGUCGCUCAAGGACAAGCCAUUUACCAUCAAAGAAGGCGCCAAGUUCUACACCAAGGUCGUGUUCCAGGUCCACCGUGAGGUUUUGAGUGGGCUGAAAUACGUUCACGUUGUUAAACGCAAGGGUAUUACUGUGACCAAGGAUGAGGAGAUGCUGGGAAGCUAUGCACCCAAUACCACGGAUAAGAGAAACUAUGAGAAAAGAUUCCACGAAGAAGAGGCCCCGUCCGGCAUGCUCGCCCGAGGACACUAUAAUGUGCGAUCGAGAUUUGUCGACGAUGACAAGCAAGUCCAUCUCGAGUUCCAGUGGGCUUUCGACAUUGCCAAGGACUGGGCGAAAUAGACUGUUGCCAAGCACCUCCGAUCUUCUCUCUCAUUCUAAAGUACAUUGAUACCUGCGUUUGGCCUUAUUGCAAAAAUUUUCUUUUUCUUGUCUAUUGUUAUACUCGGGUUCAUCAAGCCAUGUCAUGGCUUUAUCGUGUCACGCCAGCUCCAAAGUCUGACCUGUCUAAU